AUCCAAAAUGCGUUUCGCUGUGAUCUUCACUGUCCUCGGCCUCUCCCUCGGGAGCUUGGCUGCCGAAGCUACUGAUGCCGCUGGAGCCUCUGGUGCCGUCGAGACCCACGACUGGCGUGACUGGGAUGACUUCCUUGACCACCUUCAUGACAUCCGCAACAUUCAAGAUCUUCAAGACCUUCUCGAGCUCGGCAUCGGCCGCUGGGGAAACAACCCCUGUGAGCGAGUUGGCGGUUCUUGCGAUCCGCUUGGUGCCACCUUUUGCCGUGGCACAUACGAUGUGGCCAUCACCGGCUUGCCUUGCAGGGCCAACCUUGGAGCAACUCCCGUCACUGGCUGCUGCUGGCACGCACCUCGCCCUCUGAUCUAA